AUGAAGAUUGAGCCCGGGUCCUUCAUCGCACUAGUUGGACCUAGCGGUUGUGGCAAAAGUACACUACUCGCACUAUUAGAACGAUUUUUUGACCCAACCUCUGGUCAGAUACUUCUUGACUGCCAGGAUAUUUCGAAUCUAGACGUAACUAGCUAUCGAAGUUCGAUAUCCCUUGUUGGACAAGAGCCAACGCUAUAUUCCGGAACAAUCCGAGAAAAUAUCGUUCUGGGCUCUGCAGAUACCGCCUCUGAAGAGCAAAUUAUAAAGGCCUGCAAAGACGCCAAUAUCUAUGAGACAAUUAUGUCACUCCCAGACGGGUAUGACACGGAGUUAGGGUCUAGAGGAGUAAUGCUCAGCGGCGGACAAAGACAACGCAUAGCAAUCGCGCGCGCCCUCCUCCGCAAUCCCAGGAUUCUCCUGUUGGAUGAGGCGACUGCAGCGCUAGAUUCAGGGUCUGAAGCAUUGGUGCAAGCGGCGUUAAAUACAGCGACAAGGAACAGAACCACGAUUGCAGUAGCGCAUAGGCUCAGUACAAUCCAGGGUGCAGAUGUCAUUUAUGUUUUGGAUGGAGGUAGAUUGGUCGAGUCUGGCAACCAUACGGAGUUGAUGAAGAAAGGGGGCCUAUAUAAGGACCUGGUCGAGAUGCAAAAUUUAGCGGUGGUUUGA